CCUACGGUGUCGGCUACGCCGUACCCUACGGCGUAGUCUCUGCGUCGCUUUACCGCGGAACCCUAAUUCAGGCUUUAGCCUCGUCCAAACUAACAGGUGAGCUAGCGGCUAGCAGGCUCGCAGCCCGUGUCGGCUCUCGCUUCGGAGAGGAAAAACCACGACUUCUCACCCGCAUUUGACUCCGCCCGCUGCUCAAACCAUGACUGACGGACGCCAGGCAGCAGUGUUUGUAAUAUUUUGAGGUUCAGCUAGCUUCUAGCUUUUGCUGUUCUCAUUCAAAUGUUUUAAACCCCACUGACGCCUCGUAUCAGCGUCGAUUACAGGGACUCCAAACCUCCGAACGACAGCCAUUGUUUCGACUCUGGUCGGGCUUUUUUGGGACCGGGACCUAUUACUGCGGAUCUCAUCUGUGGGGGAUGAAGAAAUUCUUUGAUUCCCGUCGGGAGCUGGCCGGCUCCGGGCCUGGUGGCGGGGCCGGCGGAGGCGGCGCCGGCUCCGGCGGCGGCGGCAGCUUCGUGGGUCGGGUGUUCAGCAUCGGCCGCUUCCAGGUGACCGUGGAGGAAAUCAUCGCUGAAGGAGGUUUUGCCAUAGUGUUUUUGGUGCGGACUCAUCAAGGCCAGCGUUGUGCACUAAAAAGAAUGUAUGUUAACAAUGAACAUGAUCUUCAGAUCUGCAAUCUUGAGGUGCAGAUAAUGAGGGACCUCGUUGGCAACAAAAACAUAGUUGGUUUCCUGGACUCCAGCAUAGCCGCAGUCGGAGCUGGGGAUGUGUGGGAAGUCCUCAUCUUAAUGGACUUCUGUCGAGGUGGACAGGUGGUAAACCUGAUGAACCAGAGGUUACAGACGGGCUUCACUGAAGCUGAAGUGUUACAGAUUUUUUGUGACACGUGUGAGGCGGUUGCUCGUCUCCACCAGUGCAAGACUCCCAUCAUUCAUCGAGAUCUCAAGGUAGAAAAUAUUCUUCUCCAUGACCGCGGACACUAUGUGCUCUGUGACUUUGGAAGUGCCACCAACUGCUUCCAAAACCCGCAGACAGAUGGGGUUGCAGAUGUAGACGAGGAAAUUAAAAAGUACACUACACUGUCAUAUCGUGCUCCAGAGAUGGUAAAUCUGUAUGGUGGAAAAGUCAUUACAACAAAAGCAGAUAUUUGGGCUUUGGGUUGUCUGCUGUAUAAGCUCUGUUUCUUCACACUACCUUUUGGCGAGAGCCAAGUGGCUAUUUGUGACGGUACUUUCACCAUCCCUGACAAUUCCCGCUACUCCCAGGAAAUGCACUGUCUCAUUAGGUAUAUGCUGGAGCCUGACCCAGAUAAAAGACCAGACAUCUACCAAGUAUCCUACUUUGCCUUUAAACUUGCUCGAAGAGACUGUCCAGUCCUAAAUGUAAAUAAUUCACUCAUUCCUGCAAAACUUCCUGAGCCUAUCCGAGCCAGUGAAGCCGUGGCUAAAAAGAGUCAACAAAUCAAAGCCAGGCUCACAGACCCAGUCCCUACAAUGGAAACCUCAAUUGCACCUCGACAACGGCCCAAAGCUGGCCAGGCGCAGCCCCAGCCUAUAUCUGGCAUUCUUCCCAUCCAACCAGCUCUCACCCCCCGCAAGAGGCCCGGCGCAUCAUCAGUAACACCGUCAGCCAUAGGUGUUUGUGUUGGUGUCCCAGCUGCAGCUGCUGUCCAGGCUGCUCAACAGGCUUCUGCUGCACAGGCUGCUCCUCAACCAGUGCCGAUGGGCAAUAUGCAGCCCCAGACUACACCUCAGCAUCCCCUCUUGAAACAGCAGCAGCCCCCAGGCUUCUUAAGCCCCCAAAGCCACCAGCAGCAUCAACUACAGAACCUCCCUCAACAACAAACACCUUCUCAAGCAUCUACUACACUGCACACAGCUAAACCUGUUCCUCCAGCUGUUACCCUGCAACAUAUGCAGCAGCAGCAGCAUGUAGUCCAUGAAACUGCAGCAUCUCAACUCACCCCCAUCCCUGAGUCUGCAGUCAUUGAUCCUGCAGCUGGCCCAGAGGCUGCUGCCAGAGGAAUACACAAAGUUGGUUCCUUGACACCCCCUUCAUCACCAAAGAUGGCCCCGAAGAGCGGCCACAGACGAAUCCUGAGUGACGUUACCCACAGCGCUGUGUUCGGGGUUCCAGUCAGCAAAUCCACCCAGCUACUCCAGGCAGCCGCGGCUGAGGCCAGCCUCAACAAGUCCAAGUCAGCUAGCACUACUCCCUCUGGCUCCCCAUGCUCGUCCCAGCAGAGUGUGUAUCAUCCAGUUAGUGUCGAUUCCCCUUCGGCACGUACUGCACCCAGUGCUCAGUCUGGCUGGAACCCCUUCGGAGAUGAUAAUUUUGCCAAGCUAACAGCAGAAGAGCUGCUCAACAAAGACUUUGCCAAGCUGUCUGAGACAGCUGCAGCAGGAGAUAAAGUUGCACAUUCCACUGAAAGUUUUAUUCCAGAGCUCAGUGCUUUCCCAGCAAAGGCAGAGUUGUGCGUGGAUUCCCUGAUUCCUGGUUUAGAAGCCCCUCAGGCCCAGCAACAUUCAGGCCAGCCAGACCUCAUCCCUUCCAGCAUGCCAGCUAUGCUACAUUCUGUCUCAGACUCUUUCACUGGGGAGGACUCUCUGCUGGGUUGCAAUCUGUUAUCUCAAACAUCUCGUGGAAUCCCGACUGCUUCUGCUCUUGCUCCAUCUUCUUCCUUUUCCUCUGCUCCUCCUGGCUGUGGCUCUGGAUCCAGCUUGGAGGAGCUGCCUCCUGGUCAGGCUGCAAAUGACUCUGCUUUCCUCAUGUCGUGUGGGGAGAAGGUCAAUGAUGACGAGUUUGAUCCUAUUCCUGUGCUCAUCUCCAAAAACUCAAAUCAAGAUCCUCAAGGGGAGAGUAAUGGCUAUGCUGCACUCGAGGAGGGAUUAGAGAAUGAAGCUCUUGAAGGAAAUUCUCUAAACAAUGAGGGCUGUGAGCACUCCAGCGAUGAAGACGAGGAAAAGGAAGAGCACGAGAGUGAGCAGCAGCAGGAGGUGGGAGCAACUGAGAGUGAUGUAGUUGUCCAAGACUGCAGCGGUUCCAGACCUUUACUGAUGGACUCCGAGGAGGAAGAAGAGCAUGAACCUCAGUAUGAACCGCAGUCAUCACUGCUCCUCAGCACGGCACAAAUGCAACCAUCUGCCACCUUCACUCAGCCUACACCAAGCACCUUUGCCCCAAAUAACUCCACAACUGUGCCUGAGCAAGCAAAGGAGACAGAUGCCACAACAGAUGUCUUCUCCAAAGCUCCUUUUAGGAUCGCACAAGAGGACUCGUCCGACAUAUUUACCAACGCUCCAUUUCCACGCACCUUCAACGCAGCUCAGCAGCAAUUUGAUGUGUUCUUACAGGCUCCCUUUGGGAAAAGAAAGGAGACCAAAACAGCACAGCCGAAAACCUUGCACACCGAAGCAAGUGGAGCUCAGGCUCUGACCUCAGAUCAAGGAGUGCUGGGACAAGUUGCCCAGCAGCCAUUCCGCCCUCAAGCUCUGGCCAAAUAUUCCCGACACUUUGAGGGACCUGUGCCCGAUCCAGUAGCGGCUCUCAGAGUAAUGUCCGGUGUGAGCAGCCAGGCACCUGUAGCGUCAGUCCAUGUUGGACCUCUUCACACAUGGACCUCUGAUGUGAACACUGUAGACCCUUUUGUCUCUGCACCCUUUCAUCUCAAGGCUCCACAAGAAAAGCCCUAAAUGCACAAUCAAUAGAUGAGGUAGUUGUUAUCAGCGCCACUGAAUUAUGCAAACUGCAACAGGCAUAGUGCAUGCUACCACCAACGCUGCAGCUGGACUGCAGGCCCGCAUGAAUCUCAUUCUUAACGGACUCAGAUGAGCUCUGAUAGUGCAAGGUUAUCAUUCCCAAACUCUUUUCCAGCCAUCUUUUUCCUUUCCAUUCUCUCAGCUGUCCUUUUGUCCUUCUGGUUGACGUCUACACAAAGACAAGGGUGGACAAACAUUUGAUUGUUUUUCUGCCUACCUCAGUUACUUUCCGUGAGGAACUCGACACAGCAGAUUGAUUUAGCAUCUAUAGUUAAAUAUACAUCUACUGUGAAACUGUGAUCUUGUAGCACCUCAUUCCUCCAUUAAGAUAGUUCUCAGAAAAAGGACAUAGUCAGCUUAACAAACUUGAUGCUUGAAAUUUGGAAAGAUGAGAGAGUUAAAUAUUUUAUCUGCAUUAUACCAACAAUAACCACAUCAGACUCAGUAGCUUUUGUCAUUACUUUUGACAUUUUAUAGUAAAGUAUAUGCUGGAUAAAGUUUCAAAGAAACUUUCAGGAUAACCUUCAUUAUCAUCAUUCAAUUGUUUUAUAUUUAUUUCAAGUGUAACAUUUGUGAUCACUGUCGAUCGCCUGAAAAUGGAAUGCCAAUGUUUGUUCCAUGUGGUGUGUGAACGUUGUGUACCUGUUAGGCAAAGACAAUUCAUUGUAGUAGUCCUUAUUUUCUAGGUUAGAUUUUUCUCUGGAGCCUUAUAUACCCAGUUCUUCUCUCGUACCACGUACAGCAGAAAGUCACUUUCGUCUUUCGACCCUCCUAACAAAGCAGAUGAAUUUGCAUAACUUGAUUGCACUUGCGUCCGGCACCAAAUACUUCAGCUGUCUGUGGUGCACCUUCACUCGGCACCAUAACAUAUCUGUUUUACAAACCAGCUAUGACACCGUUACAAAUAACUGAAGUAAAAACUUGACUCUUAUUUCUGCGGCACAUGUGCUUAGCAAAUCCAUUCGGGGAUUUUAAUAGUGGUGUUGUGUCUGAUUGAUGACGUGUCUCUUGAAUAUUAUUUCCAUCAGCAUUUGGAAAUAUGUUGUUGUCUUUGUCCUUUGUAAAAUCAUGGAACAUAAACCAUGGCACUUUUAAGAGAGGAUCCAACCUGCUUCAACCCAAAGUUUAAAUAAUGUAUUAUUCUGCUGCAAUCUUUGUUGAAGUGUACUAUAUUUUUUUAAAUGCUCACUUUUUCCUCACCUACCCUCCAUACAUGAUGAUUGCACAUGGUCACUGACAGUCAGGGUUCUAUACAAAUGUGUUUUGUCAGCUGGAAAAUGUAUUUUGAAGUGCUGUUGUACAGGAAAUCUUUGAGAGAGCAGCCGAGCACCCUGUUAAACAAGUAAGCUCUCGGAAUACAUGCUAUGCUGCACAGCCUGCCUUGAAAAUUAUGUAAGUCAAAAGCAAAACUAUUAAAUGAAUGUAAAUUAAAA